AUGUAUAGGCCAUGGGACGAUUUCCUGAAGCAAGCUGCCCAAACUUGCGGUCUCCCUCUGGACCAGUUCAAGUACACAACAGCGCUCCUCCUCGGUAUCCCCCUCGGCUACUUCCUCCGCUACAGCACGAAAGAUCCCUGGAGAUGCUCAGAUGCCGAAAAGGCAUCCGCCAUCUCAACUCGGCACAUGCUCUGCGCCAUUAUCGGGCUGAUGGAGGUGGUCUACGUGUUUGGAUGGGAGACGUUCCACUCUUUCUUCUCGACGACAGUCGCCUACAUCCUGCUGCAAGUCGCUCCUCGUGACAAGGUGCACCUGUGGGUCACAGCAUGGGCGAUGGGUUACAUGUCAUGCGCUCACAUCUACAGGAUGAUCGUGGACUUCGGUGGAUGGUCGAUCGACUUCACAACCCCGCAGCUCCUCGUGACUCAGAAGUUGAUGAACAUCGCGUUCUCGCUCUACGAUGGCUCAAGAGACGCCAAGAAGCUGACGGAGGAGCAGUCAAAGAGAAAGCUCACCGCCUGCCCGUCCGUGAUGGAGAUGUUUGGAUACGUGUUCUGCAUACACACACUGCUGGCCGGCCCUGCGACAGAUUACAAUGAUUAUCUGACGUGGAUUGACGGCUCGAAGCUUGCUGGAAAGAAGCCGAAGCCAACUUCAGCCAUCCUGUUGAGGAUUGUGGGAGCCAUCGGCUGUGCCAUCGCCUUCUCCGUUGUCUUGCCUUACUGCAAUAUCGACGGACAUGGAGAUGGAUCGUACCUGUCGACGAAAUCAUUCCUAUAUGUUCUCCUGUGGAACAAUUUCUCGUUCUGUCUCCUCCGUCAUCGUUAUUAUUUCGCUUGGGUGCUCGGCGAUGCCGGAUGCAAUGCUGCGGGUUUUGGAUACAAUGGAGAAGACAAGAAUGGCAAGCAAAAGUGGGAUGGAGUUUUGAAUGUUGAUUAUUUUGCCGUGGAGUUUGCACCCAACUUCAGGAGCGCAAUGAACGGUGAGAUCUUUUCCUGUUUCCGCAACACUGCGACCUUCGGCAUGUCGGCGGUCUGGCAUGGCUUCUAUCCGGGUUACUACUUCACGUUUAUCUCCUGCGCUCUCUUCAACGAGGUCGCAAGACUUCUCCGCCGGCACGUCAGGCCGCUAGUCAUUCCUACCAAGGAAGCGGAGAAAUCCUUGAAUGCAACUCUCUAUCACAUUUCCUCGAGUGUGUUGCUGCUCACUUUCCAGAAGAGCAUCAACUACUGGUCCUACUGGUACUUCGCGCCUCACGUCGUCGCGCUGCUCCUCUACAUCGCUGUCCCCAUCGUCUUCAAGCAGCCCAAGGACGCCAAGAAAAUGCAGUAA